AUGUCGGCCAGCCUCCACCGGGAUGGCCAGAGCGACCGCAGUCGCGUCGAGCGCCCGACGCGUCCCGACGCCGCCACCGACUCCACCGCUUGCCGCCCGCCCACGCUAAUCGAUAUCACUGUUCCGCACAUGCACGCUUUUAUAGCAACACUGUGUGUCGCCAAUAGAUCGUGUGAAGUAUGUUCGCGAUUUGAGAAUAUAAACGUGCGGUUUGCGAAGGCCGCGGUUUGCGUCGACGCAGCGUCGGUCCCGGCUGGGGAAGUUGGCAGAGGCGCGCGCGCGUCUCUCCGCGAUGCUCCCGUGAUCGCGCGGUCGCUGCCAGUACAACCUUGCGCGCCCUGAGGACAU